AUGGCUUCUUCUCGUUGCACUCGUCGUCUUUUCCCCAUUUCUUCCUUCAAAUCACUUCUCAGACCCACCACUAACCAUUCCCAUCUUCUUCUCAACGCUUCUCCUUCCGUCACCCCUCACCGUCUAUUUUCUCCCUUUAUCAGAAAGCUUGGAAGUGUGCAAUCACUUUUGCCGCUACAUAAUACAGUAGCAACUUGUAGAAUGGUAUCUAAUCUUAGCAUUGAUUCAAGGAAUUGUCAUGAUGUUUCACAUGUUACUCUUUCCUGCAACCAUCCUGGACCCUAG